ACCAGCAUCUUUCUCCACGUACACAAAAUAUACUCUCCCUCUCCCUCUCCCUCUCCCUCCAUGUAGAAAAUAAAUUAAAAACACGCAAUUUUCUUUAUUUUUCUCCCUGUUGCAUAAAAAUCAAAUUCCCUUCAGUUCAUCGCGAUCCUCAUUUCUUUUCUGAUCGCGAGAGAAAUUGAGAAAUUCUGAGGUUUAGGAGACCAAAGAAAAAUGAAGGCUAUGGAGACGGUACAUGAUCUGAUUGAAGAAGCUAAACUUCGAACGGUUUGGUGGUGUCUUUGUAUCUUUUCCGCCACUUACUUCUUAUCUCAUACAAGUUCAUCAAUGUGGAUGAAUCUACCCAUAUCAAUUCUCAUUGUGUCUGCACUAAGAAUUUUGUCUAAUGAAGUGGAGUUCAGCUGGAAAGCACGCCGGUCAGUUCAUCGACAGUCUUAUUUGUCACAUUUGGAGAAGAAACAGUUGUCUAAGAAUGACUCACGACUUUCUUCUGUGCCACCGGCACCAAAGUGGAAGAGGAAAAUUGAUUCUCCAGUUGUUGAGGCUGCAAUUGGUGGUUUCAUCGAUAAGAUAUUGAAGGAUUUUGUGGUAGACCUAUGGUAUUCAGAAAUUACACCAGAUAGGGAGGCGCCUGAGCUGAUACGGUCGGUAAUCAUGGAUGCUCUUGGUGAGGUAUCUGGAAGGGCUAAAGAGAUAAAUCUUAUUGACUUGCUAACUAGGGAUUUAGUUGAUUUAAUAGGGGAUCACUUAGACCUCUUUAGAAGAAAUCAAGCAGCUAUAGGAGCCGACGUGAUGGCAACUCUUUCUACUGAAGAGAGAGAUGAAAGGUUGAAACACCAUCUAAUGGCUUCUAAGGAGCUUCAUCCUGCAUUGAUAUCUCUCGAGAGUGAGUACAAGGUUCUUCAGCGACUGAUUGGUGGAGUUUUAGCUAUAGUACUUAGACCUCGUGAAGCUCAAUGCCCGCUGGUUCGGACUAUCGCUCGAGAGAUUGUAACUUGCUUGGUAAUGCAACCUCUUAUGAAUCUUGCAAGCCCUGUGUAUAUCAAUGAGGUACUUGAAUUGAUUUUACUUUCCAUUAAAGAUGAUAGUCCAAAAGAUACUGUUGGUGAUCAACCUGCAGAGAGUGUGCAUAAUGCUGACUCUACCUUGAGAAAAGAUCCCUCUGUAAAUAGUCAAAGGACUGGAAUUGUUGACAACAAAAGAGACUAUCAAGGAACAGAUACAACUUUGUCUAAAAUUGAUGAUUGCGGAGAAAUGUACUUGGAUUAUGACUCACAACAAGACCAUAUGCAGCCACAUCCUGCAGAGUGGGCACGAAUGCUAGAGGUGGCGACCCAGAGAAGAACGGAAAUUCUUACACCUGAAAAUCUGGAAAAUAUGUGGACGAAAGGAAGAAACUAUAAAAUGAAAGAGAAAAAAAAAGUUAAAGCAGGGGUUCAGCAAUCAAUGGCAAAGAGUUUAGUUACAAGCAUUGCAACUGAUUCUAAUUUAGGAAAAGACAUGCUGAUGAAUACCAAUGUAAUCUUUAAAGAAAUGGAUGAGAAAGCUAUAGGGCGCCUAACACCUAGAUUGAGUCUAGAUACUUUAACAAGUCAUGAGAACAAAGAUGGGAGACAGUCUACUCAGGAUGGUAGCCAGGAAUUGUCUUUUGAAGGCGCACAUGUUGGUGGUGAAUUGGAGAAUGCCGGCAAUCUCUCUUUGAAUGAAAAAAGAGGUGGACUUAAGAGAUCCAAUAGCACCUCUGCUCUAGAAGCCCUGCCUGAUAAAAAUAAUGCAUUUACGGGAGAUGGAGGGGGAUCCAUUAUCUCAGAAUUUUAUAGCCCAGAUUUUCAUAGGAGUCCAGAUCAUGCUGUUAAGGUCUCAAACAUGGUAGUUAGUAGUGAGGGACGUCACAGUCCCAAGCUGAAGUGUCGGGUCAUGGGAGCAUACUUUGAGAAACUUGGGUCAAAAUCUUUUGCAGUUUACUCAAUAGCAGUGACAGAUGCAGAAAACAGAACUUGGUUUGUGAGAAGAAGAUACAGGAAUUUUGAGAGAUUGCAUAAACAUCUGAAAGAGAUCCCAAAUUACACAUUGCACUUACCUCCCAAAAGGAUAUUCUCAUCAAGCACUGAAGAUGCUUUUGUUCAACAACGAUGUAUUCAGCUUGAUAAAUAUAUUCAAGAUCUCAUGUCUAUAGCCAACGUUGCGGAGCAGCAUGAAGUUUGGGAUUUCUUAAGUGUUUCCUCAAAGAAUUAUUCUUUUGCGAAAUCUUCCUCAGUCAUGAGAACCCUGGCAGUCAAUGUGGAUGAUGCUGUGGAUGAUAUUGUGCGGCAAUUCAAAGAUGUUUCAGAUGGCUUUAUGCGUAAAGUUGUUGGUUCAACUUCCCCACUCGACGAAACCAAUUCCUCAAUCUACAACAGGAACUUGUCCUGGCAUUUGGAUGAUGUGAAUAAACAUGUCUCAAGGCAGGAUACUUUAGAAACUGCAAACAGCUAUUCUGAAACUGAAGAAUGUCAUAAUCAAGGAAGCUAUGACCAGAAGGGAGUUGGAUCUACUGCAGAAGCCAGUGGUUGUCAUUCAGUUAAUGAAUUGAAUGCAAACGGUUUUCCUCCUCUGGUGUUCAAACAUGAUGAGGAGUCACGGGCCUUAGGUUUAGAGAAAAAACCUGUAUUAGAGGAGAAAAGUGAAAGGAUUAACCAUGGCGUGUUUUCUGUAGCAAACUCUGCAAUAGCUUCCAGUCAUAUGGAUGAUCCAGUUGGAAUGCCACCUGAGUGGACUCCUUCUAAUGUAAGUGUACCUCUGCUAAAUCUAGUCGAUAAGGUGUUUCAGCUUAAAAGAAGAGGCUGGCUGAGAAGACAGGUCUUUUGGAUAUCAAAGCAAAUACUGCAGUUAAUAAUGGAAGAUGCUAUCGAUGACUGGCUUUUGAGGCAAAUUUACUGGCUUCGGAGGGAGGACACUAUUGCUUUUGGGAUUCAAUGGGUGCAAGAUGUAAGAACUGAACCAAUUUUUUGUUUCUUCAUUAAGCUUACUGCACAGAUCUUUUCCCAACUGUGUACUUCAUUAAGUUUACUGCACAGAUCUUUUCCCAACUGUAUUCUCUGGCCAAAUGGCAUGUUCUUUACGAGAGCAAGGGUUGCACAAAGCAAAGUUGACGAUGACCAACUAAAUCUCAUACCUUUUCAGAUUAGCCAACUGAGUGGCUGUAAGGUCUCUAAUAAGGGUUCAUUCGAGGAACAACUCGAGGCUGCUUGUAGAGCAAGUGAUAUCAAAAAUAUGCUCUUUGAUGGAGCUCCUGCAACUUUAGUCAGCUUGAUUGGAAAUAAACAGUACAAGCGCUGUGCAAGAGACAUUUUCUAUUUCACUCAGUCUACUAUCUGUGUGAAGCAGCUUGCAUAUGGAAUACUUGAACUAUUAGUUAUAUCAGUUUUCCCUGAGCUCCGGGAUGUUUUGCUGGGUCUCAACGAGAAGAUGCGUGCUCCACCCGCAUAGCAAAUUCUUGGUUUAAUCACUACUAAGCCAUGCUCCACCGCAUAGCACAUUCUUGGCUUCAUCGCUACGAAGCCGGUUGAUUAUUCGUACCAGCUAUGAUGAAAUUAAAAAUAUCACAGCCACUUCCAAGGAUUACCAGAUUACAUGAUUCCAUUCGGUUUGCCCAUCAUAUUCAUUUUGUUCGCAAGAACAAUCAGGUGAGGUAUUACGAAUGCCAAACAGGACUAGUGAUAUAUUGAAUUCUCUUGGACCGUGGCCAUUAGCUGUACCCCUCGAAUAAUCAAAUUGCACAGAAGUUGAAAAUUAGAGCUUGUAUAGAGGAUGGUGAUGCUUUUUUGUGUAUAGUUUCCUGCUAAUUCAAGCAGUACCCCUUGUCACGGGAAUUUUGUGCUGUCGCAGAUCUUGCAAUUGAUUUUUUGUGAUAGAUUAUUUUACCCCAAAUUGGUCCUCCCCCGUGUCACGUGAUUGCGAGUCAAUAAAAUUUAUCUCCUCUUCUCCUUCA